AUGGACUUGGACGAUCCAAGAGCCAAAACUCUGAAUGCGCUGAAGGCUUUCAUCGACCAGCAAAGGGCCCUUUUGACGCGCACCAAGGCGGACAUCCAGACCCUUCGCAAGCUCAAGGCCGAGUCUAUCGUGGAUACCAGUACCCUCUCAGAACAACUCAAUGACGAUGCCUUUCGACUGGGCGAGGCCGAGGUUCAGUCUGGAGCUGUUCCAGAAGAACUUGACUGGUCUCUUCUCGCGAGGAAAGACCCCAAGCCGCUCACGCUACUCGGUCGCAACGCGCUUGCUGUCUAUACCGCGCGCAACAAGCCAAAGCCACCCGUGAACCCGGGGCUGUCAGAGCUGCAGAAGCUUGUCAGAAACGCGCGGAAAACGAUUAUCGACCCCGUCAUUGCUUUGUAUGGCGAGCCAGACGACGCGCCUGACGCUAAUGCCCGACCAACGCCUCUUCGCGGUCCCUCUGGCCUUUUCAUCCGUCGCACCCACCAGAAUCGUACCCCACGUCGCAAGCCACAAGCGCUACCAGCGCAACCACCCCCACCACAACAGCCACCAGACGACGCCCGAAGUAGCGCUGGAAGUAGCACUAUCGUGGAUGUCGAUGAGUGCCCCUCUCCUAUCCCGAUGGCCCUUGCCAAACCCAAACGAACCCGGCGUAUCUCCACCAAGUUGGAAAGACAGAAUCUUGAUCGUAGUGACGAGCCAGGAAUACACACCCGUCGCCGUUCAUCAACUCUCGCGAGCGCAACAACGCUCAGAAUAACCGUCUCUCACCAGAAACACGGCGCUAUUGUUCUACGUAUCCCACCGCGUUCCGCGUUGCCUUCAGGGCCAUUAAACACAGACGACACUGGCCGGGACUGGACAGAAUCCGAGGGCAGCGAGUCAGGCCAUGACUCCCCAGUCCCCUCUCGUUCACCGUCACCCAUAAACCCUCACCCUGCACCUCCAUCUGUCCUGGGCAAGCGUCGUCGCCCACCAGCAAAGGCAAAGCCUAAAUCGGAGACGUUCAAGCUCAAAUGGACAACCUCAGAGCAGAAUUUACUCGAACGAUUGCUGGAGGAGAUCCCGGAUGACGAUGCACAGCGUUACGCUAAGAUAUCGAGAGCGAUGGGUGGGAGAAGGACGCCGAAGCAGGUGAACAGCCGCGUGCAGAAGUAUCUGUUGAAGUUGAAGCAGUACGGCGUUAUUUGA